CCUCACCUCAGUCAAUCUCAUUGCGCCGGACCGUUCAAGAGCUCACACACUCAUAAAGCCCGCCAAGUUGUUCACCAACGUCGUGUCGUUCAACGUCCAACUUCUUCAAUAACAAGAACGCCGAAUCGCAGAUUCACGAACAACAUCGAGGAAAGAAGGAAAGGUGACAGAGUUAUGGAAGUCAAGAAUCCGCGCCGGGUGUUGGCGGUCUCGCUUGCGGACUCGACGCAGCAUUUGAGUAGAGUCAUUAAAGACCUCACGGGCACUCACCCAGAACCGGCAUCCACAACCCUCGCGGGCACAACGCACAUCCUCCCCAUCAAGACGAGCUACUACACCGCCGACGUGCCCAUCUGGCUGGACCUCGUCGACGCCCCGGUCGAGUGGUCCGCCUCCUUUCUCUCGCCCGAGGCCAAGGAGGUUCUCACGGUGUUGGGCGGGUUGGCUGUUGUUUUUGCCCUGCCUUCUUCUUCUUCUUCAUCAUCGUCUUCGACAUCGGCCCCUGCACCAGCAGAUGUCGCCGUCACUGCCACGCCAGCACUAGCACCGGCAUCGAGUCCCCCGCCUUCGGUAGAGGACACCCGCGCGCUCAUCACAGAGGUCGGGAGGGUCGUUCGCGAAGGGCUCGGCGGGUGGGGAUGGGACGGCGUCGGGCUGGGCAUCGGCGUCGGGGACGAGAUGGCGGACGAGUGGGAGGAUCUCUGCGCUGAAUGGGGACUCGAGUUCGUUCAGGUUCGUGGGGGAAAGAAGGACGAUGGCCGGAACGAGUUUGGAGAGAAAAUGGGCAUAGCAAGAGUCCUCGAGGCCCUCGAGUCCAACGACUGGGACGCCGCAGACGACAUGGACGGCCCAUCAGACCUCGACUCGGACCUCGACGCCGCCGCCGGUGAUUUACCCAGGAAACCCAGACCUCUAGCAGGCGGCAUCGGCAACGACGACGACGAUUUCGACCUCGACGACCCAGAGAACCUAGAUUUCGGCUUCGACAGAGCGGAUUUCGAAGGGUUGAAGAAGGCGAUUUGGAAUCUCGAGCAGGAGCCGGAGGAUGAGGAUGAAGUAGUAGAAGGGGGAGCAGCGGACACGGCAAAAGCAACGAGUGAGACCGCAGGAGGCGCCGCUACCACCGAUAACCCAGACGCGAAGAAGCAAAAGAAACAGGCCGAGGACGCCGAAAAAGAGGACCUGGACGCCGAGGACGUGGAAAAGAUUGAGCAGAUGAUGCGCAAGUUGCAGGCUGUCCGGGACCUCAGCGCGGGUCUGCCAGAGGACCAGAGGCGGAGGAUGGCGAAGAAGGCUGUUGGGGAGGUGAUGAAGGAGCUUUGAAAGGGGUGGGCUGGAGAGAAAUGCGCUUCCGGCUCCUCCGAUCUGGUCUGGUUAUGGGGGUUGGGCCAUUGACGUCGGUCAGUCGUGUAAUCACCUCAGCUGUGCAGACUUCACGUCACUGGAAACAAAACACGAGAGGAAACAACCUCUGAGAUGGAAGCGGUAUUUGAGAAAUGGGGUGCUGGUCGGCUUGCUCUGGGAGCGGGCUUUCUUUCGCGAGCAAUUUGGAGGACCAAUGAUCUGUUUCCCUUGAACAGAAACAGUGACGGAAAAGAAGAGAAAACAACUGGUUGGAACCUUGAACACCCGUAGUCCUGUCACCCAGAAAUCUUGUCGACAGACACUUCGCGCUUGAGGCUGUCCGGGAACCAAAGGUCAUGACCUUUCUAUAUUCUAUACAGAGAAGAGAGCGAGGGAGACCCUCAUCGGAUUGAAGGUCAAAGGGCAGCAGAAUCCACCUUUCAGGCCAGGGAUGCCAGCUUCCGUCAUCACUUGAGAUGGAAAUGGUGGCGUAAUGACAUGCAUACCUAGGAACGUCAGGUCCAAAGAUACGAAGAGAAG